AGAAGAAGAAAAGAGGCAGCAUUUGAAUGAGCGGGGCAGGUGCAUUCGCUCCUCAUGAAUAGGCUCUUCCCAUUAACCAUGCACGGCUCUGAAGCGCGCAUAAAUAAUAGCUGGCAGUCCUGAUAAAAAAAAAAAAGAAAAAGAAAGAAAAAAAGCGCACCUUGGGGCCUCUCCCCCCCUCUCUGUCUGUGUCCUCCAUCUCUCUCUGUUUUUUCUUUCUUUCAUGCCCGCAGCAUUUUAGUCUUCAACUUCUUUAGAAGCGGCGGAGCGACAAGAAACGCAGUGACGGUUUUUAGCCUACUUUUCGGGGAUCAGAUCAUUUCCCUUUUUUUUUUUUUUUUUUACUAAAACAUCGAAAAUGUUUUCUGCUCCCGUGUCCCGUCUGAUUUAUAAUCCUGCCCCUUGCCGAACAAAUCCUCUGGACUGAUGCCUUCCCAUUGAGAGCGAGGAGCAUAGACGCCAGGCUGCGUCAGGGCGCCUGCUUCUAAAAAACAAACAAGACAGAAACAUCGGUUUGAAAGGACAUUAAAAAAAAAAAAAAAAAAAAAAAAAAACUGCAUUCAGAAAGUGUUAGGGGAUUUGUAGCCUAGAAGUUGCAUGUGCUGAGGGAAUGGGAUACCCGGGCAGAGCGGGAUGGAGAGGAGGAUGGACGCUCCUGGUUUGCGUCGCCGCUGUCAGCUUGGUCUCAUCUGACGGACGGAGAGUGAGGCAGCCCAGAUGCCCCACGGGAUGCACCUGCACCAAAGAUAAUGCCCUGUGUGAGAAUGUCCGAUCGGUGCCUCACUCCUUCCCACCCGACGUCUUUUCACUGUCUUUUGUCAAGUCAGGAUUCAAUGAAAUCAGUGCAGGAAGCUUUGUUCAUACACCUGCCUUGCAACUACUGUUGUUCACAGCAAACUCUUUUGACCUAAUUGACGAGGAUGCAUUUCUUGGUUUACCACACCUGGAAUACCUAUUCAUUGAAAACAACAAGAUUGCAUCCAUAUCCCCGCACGCCUUCCGCGGCCUCAAAGCACUGAUACAUCUGAGUUUGGCGUACAACAACCUGGAGACGCUGCCCAAAGAUGUUUUCAAAGGCAUGGAUGCUCUGACCAAAGUGGAUCUGCGAGGCAACAACCUGAUCUGUGACUGCAAGCUCAAGUGGCUGGUGGAGUGGAUGCAUCACACCAACGCCACCCUGGACCAGAUCUACUGCAGCGGCCCACCCAUCAACCAGGGCAAGAAGAUCAAUGACCUGAUGCCGCACUCCUUCGACUGCAUCACAGCAGAGUUCGCCUCCUAUCAGUCCCUGAAGUUCGAGUCCAUUUCGGUGGAGGCCUUCACAUUUGGUCAAGAACAGUACGUCGUGUUUGCUCAGCCAUUUGCCGGCACCUGCAGUUUCCUGGAAUGGGAUCAUGUGGAGAUGACCUUCAGGACGUACGACACCAUUCAAAGCACCUCCACCGUCGUCUGCAAGCCCAUGGUGAUCGACAACCACCUCUUUGUCAUCGUUGCCCAGUUGUUCGGGGGCUCGCACAUUUACAAACGUGACACCUCCGCCAACAAGUUCAUCAAGAUCCAGGACAUCGACAUCCUGAAGAUCCGCAAACCCAACGACAUUGAGACCUUCAUGAUCGAUGGGGAGUCGUUCUUCGUCAUCGCUGACAGCUCAAAGGCUGGCUCCACGACGGUGUACAAAUGGAACGGUAAUGGCUUCUACUCCCACCAGUCGCUGCACCCGUGGUACCGGGACACGGAUGUGGAAUAUCUAGAGAUCGCCAACAAACCCCACCUGAUUUUGUCCAGCAGCUCCCAGAGACCUGUUGUGUACCAGUGGAGCAGGAACCAGAAACAGUUCGACCGCAGGACGGACAUACCAGAUAUGGAGGACGUCUUCUCCAUCAAGCACUUUCGGGUCAAAGGUGAUCUGUUUAUAUGCUUGACAAGAUUCAUCGGGGACUCCAAGGUGAUGCGCUGGGACGGCGCCAUGUUCAAGGAGGUCCAGACAUUUCCUUCCCGCGGCUCUAUGGUGUUCCAGCCCGUCUCCAUCGGCAACUGGCAGUACGCCAUCUUGGGCAGCGAUUAUUCACUGACACAGCUCUACCAAUGGGACACCAAGAGGAGCCAGUUUGUCCCAUCUCAGGAGCUGAAUAUCCAGGCUCCUCGGGGAUUUUCCGUGGUCUCCAUUGACAACCGGGUGUUCCUGUUCGCGUCCAGCUUCAAGGGGAAAACUCAGAUUUACGAACAUCUCAUGAUCGAUUUGAGUAACUAAACGCGUCGUCGACCCCGGUUCCAUUUAGACGCUUUCUUCUGUGAUUUUGUUGAACUUCUUGGCCCCGUUUUGAAUCCACCGUCCCUUUCCCACCUUAGAAACAAAAUGAAACUCUCAAGCAGGAGGAGCACUAGGAGGUUAGCUUAGCCUGUAAUUAAAUGAUUGGCUAGGAUCUUUGAGUUUCACAAAGAUAUGACGUAAUUCCCAAUUUUGACACUGAAAAUAUUUGCUAACCCACUGCAGCUAGCCCAUUUCAAUCAACAUGUACUUUCACAGUUUUUUCUUACAAUCUGGGAUUCUCCAUAUCUUAUUCUCCAUUUCAAAAGCAUAUUCUCUUUCAGGAAAAAAAAGGCAAAACCAGAAUUGAAGUAACUGAUUUUGUAGAGUUUGAUAGGAACGUAUGGGAUUUAAUAAUGGCUAAACCAUAAAACCUUUUCUGAUAAUAAUAAUGUAUUAUUAUUUUUUUUAUUAAACAAGGCAUUAACUCUAGAUUAAAAGAGUUUAUUGAGAAUGGGAUGUUACGUCCGGGCAGUGGGUUUCAUCCUAGGUCUGGGCGGUAUUUUCUAAAAUUCUGACAGUAUCACAGUCAUUUUUUUGUGUUCACAACAUUUUCUACUGGUUGAGAGAGGAAUUAAUGCAGUAGAUUGACUAAGGGUGGGCUAUUUUACUGUCAUGAUGAGUUAUCCCACACUAGUUUGCGUGGCCCCGUGUUAGCACUGCCUGCUGAUGUGGAAAUCUGGGGACAUUUACAGCUCAGACAUAAAAAUAAAUAAAUAAAUGUUAUCAAGAUGAAAAGAAGAAACAGGGACAAUAACGGUUUAAUU